AUGAGUGGUAGCUCUAGUAGCGACGACAAAAGGAAGAUGGCUGAUGAGGGAGGAAGAGAGGAACCUCAGGGGAAAAGGGUUAUGUCAGUUGCUCAGCUGGCCGGUAUCCCUGAAACAAAUACCGAUACGACGUCUUCUAGUGUUGGCCAGUCUUCACAAUCCAGCCAAGGCAACACGGCUUCGACAAGUCAGACAACCAAUGACAAGCAGCCCCAAUAUGGAGCCUUCCUGACGUAUGGGGGAGAAGGGGAUACCGUGGACCAUCGUCAGAACCCUGAGAUUUUCCCGCAGCCAGGCGACAGGGACGAGAAUAGUUUUAUCCCAUACAACAACGAGCUUACAAAGAGGGGGAGACCAUUUUACAACCCGAACAAACCAAACGUUCCUCAUCCUUCUCUUAAAAAGAAGAAAUAA